AUGGGAGGAAGAGGAGGCGGCGGCGGCGGCCGCAAGGCCCGCAACUUCGCGACCUUCCGCCUCUUUCCGCGCGCCGGCGCCGCCGACCCCAACGACCGCGUCUUCGUACGCGUCGACAACAACGACUACACCGUCCCCGGGUUCGCCGACGAGGACUCCUUCGACCCAUCCCUGUCCGACCCCUCUGCCGGCGAUGGAAACUUCCACUCCGCCUCCGGUCCCCUCCCGGAACACGUCCGCCGCGAGAUCCUCGAGCUCGGCCUCCCCGACGAUGGUUACAACUACCUCUCCCACCUCCGCGAGCUCCGUCCCGCCGCCGCCUCAUCCUUCGUCCCCAGCUCCACCGCUCGCCCCGAGCCCCUCCCGCUCGAUGUCAAGGCUUAUGAUGCAAGUAGGGUACGGGUUGGUCCCAGCGACGGUGAACUGGACGAGGGGAAGACGAUGUGUAAGGUGGCUGCCAAGACUGCACCAGUGAGGCGAAUUGAGAAGGCUGUCGACCCAGAUGUCGUCAGGUUGCUCGAUGAGAGCGAUGUGUCUCAUGUUGGGUCUGAGGAUGAGGGGCUGGAGGAAGAUUUUGUCAUCAUAGCUAACCGGGCUGAGGGGGAGGAGUUGGAGGAAGAAGACAUAGAAGAGUGGAAUGGUGUUUUGAGUGAUGUGGAAGAGGAGUUCGAUUUUGAGGAGGAUGAGCCAAAGCCAAGAGUGAGACGGUUGCUGGAUGAACAAUUUGAUCUGCUUGCUUUGGAAGAAUAUGGAGACAGUGAUGAUGAUGACAGGGUUGUUAAAGAUGGGGAAUAUGAACUGCCAAGUGAGGCUAUAGAUGAACUGAAAUUGUUCCAAAGUCAGAAUGUAUGUGUUGAUGAAGAAUAUAGAACACCAGCAGAUUUUGUUCGUCAAAAAGUGGACUCAAGCACGACAGAUGAGGUGGAUGAAUCUGCUCAUGUGAUAAAAAAAUGUGCUGAAUACGCUGAAAGAUAUUUAAAUGAAACUGCAGAAGAAGAGGUGGUUGUACUUGUUUCGGAAAGCAGUGACGAAUCUGAAGUUUGGGACUGUGAGACCAUUGUUUCCACAUUCUCUAACCUUGAUAACCAUCCUGGGAAAAUUGAAACUCCAGGAAUCCCCAGAAAGCGGCUCCCUAGAGUUUUCCCUGGAGAAACAACUACGACAAAUGACAUCAUCAAGCUUCAUGGGAAAGAGAAACUGCCAGUAGAAUACCUGCCACAGAGGAGAAGAAAUGGUGAAAAGGAGAAGAAAGUAAAGCCUGUAGAAGCUUCUGUCACUGAUAAAUUUAAAAAAGGAGCUGAAAAGGAAACAAAAGAGGAGAAGAAGGCAAGAAAGGCAGCAGUGAAAGAAGAAAAGAAAGAAGCCCGGAAAGCAAAGAAAGAGCUCAAAGGCCUGUAUAAAUCAGAAACACAGAAGGCUCAGAAAGUUGCUGCUGUUACUGGACCAUCUUCCAUACGAUUAAUAUACUGUGGAAAACACUUUGGUCUGUUUGAGAUCAUGACGUGA